UUUGUUAAGUUUCACUUGAGGAAAAUCUCAAGCAUUAGAAAUCUACUUAAGGAAUCAGGAGUUACAUUUAUAUUACAAAAACACAAUGUUCAAAUUGCUGGUUUUAUACGCUUUCGUUGCUGUUUCCCUGGCCAAUCCUAGUAUUAUUGCUUCCUCCCCCUCGUAUGUUAGUUACAGUGCUCCCGUUGCUGCGGUGGCUUAUCAUCAACCCGCCUUAGCUACUGUGGGGGCUGUUGUCAGAACCGUACCCACAUCGGUAUCUCAUGCUAGUCAUGCUGUUGUCCAUAAAUCUUCUUCAGUUGUUCAAGAUGUAGUGGCUCCUGUUAUAAAAACUACUUACACGGCACCCGUUAGCUAUUCCACUUAUGCUGCUGCUCCCAUAAGUUAUUCUUCAUAUGUUUCUCCUUUGGCUUAUAGACAUUAGAAAAAGAGGGAAGUAUAUAGUAAAAGUUGGCUUUUUACGGCGUGCUUACAUUGUGAUGAAAAGCAAUGGGUGAAGUAUAUGAUGGUUGUCUUGUUCAACGAAUGUUUUUGUUUAGUAGACUUAUUGAAAUAUAAAUAAAAAAUUGCUUAGUAUGAAAAACAAGGAGAA